AUCAUCAUGGAUUCUUGUUACAAUCAUCAUCAUUAAGUUUAUCGAUGGAUGCCAAAUUGAUAAUAAAAUGAUGCACGUCUGUUUGCACACAUAUUUGGAAAGAGAUUUUUCCAUUAUUGAAGAGCUAUUAAAACGUCCACCAUAUAGCAAUAAUGGUCAGAUAUUGAUCGAAGAAAGUGAAUAUGACGAUAUGUGCGCCAAAAUUAAUGAAUUAAAACAAUGUUAUGAAAGAAUGAUGUCUGCCUGCAUUUCAUAUGUUCAAUAUGAUCAUAUGAAACGUGUAAUACGAACAUUACGUUCAUUAUAUGAAAAUCUUUGUGGACAAUCAUUCCUAAUAAGAUAUCUAAUUGAAGGUGGAUAUUGUAUUGAAUAUGUUCGUCGAGAAAGUAUAUGCCUUGAUUCGAAUCCAAAAAAUAAGAUUCCAUCACUACCGGAACGAUUACGAUGGCCAUUGUCAUUAACUUCGAUGUUUCGUUUCGAAAUUGGUCAUCAGAUUUGUCCAUAUCUAUCUAGCUUUAAUCAAUGUCUUUCGCCUUUAAUUGACCAACGAUGUCCAGAAACGACACGUGAAUUAUGGAAUACAUCAAUGAAAAGUUUACUAAACAAUUGGUGUUCAAAUCACGGUAUCAUACCUGAAUUUUUGCUUCAAAUCUAAUCAUCAUUUUAUCAUCACAUCUAAUCUUUUUACAUUGGUUUCUUUGAAAUAAUAUUGAUCUAUACUAUAUUCUUGAAAAUCAUUUCAUUCACAUCAUUCAUACUGCUCUUAUCUGGAACAUGAUGAUUUUUUCUUGUCAUACAAUUUCCGAUUAUUUUGUUGGUUUUUUUUGUUU